AUGUCGUUUAGAACCAAUUCCGGUUUCAAUGGAAUCCCCACGUCAAACCAGGGUUUCCAACGGUACCCUUAUUCCAGCGGACCAGGAGCAACUAAUGGUGGAUCGCCGGGGAAGGCCAACCUUGGUAGUCAAAUCAAGAGUUAUCUCGACAAAGUUGAAGCUCUGACAGAACAUCCUGCGAUCCUGAAACUGAGACCUUACACCCCGGCGAUCUCGCGGUUUUUCAUUGUUGCGACGUUUUACGAAGAUGCGUUCCGUAUACUAUCGCAAUGGUCGGACCAAGUGUUUUACCUGUGGAACUAUAGACAUUGGCCGUACUAUUUUGUCUUACUGUUCUUGUUGGUGGUUUCGGUGUCAAUGGCUGGCGGUGCCACGAUGCUAGUGCUUCGGAAACGCACGGUCGUGGCGACCGGUGCGCUGUGCGCGUGUAUUGUAUUGCAAGGACUGAUUUACGGACUCUACACGGGUUCAUUCAUUUUGAGAAACGUGAGUGUCAUUGGCGGGCUGCUGAUCGCUUUCAGCGACUCGAUCGUCAAGAACAAGACAACUUUUGGCAUGCUGCCGGAACUGGGCAGUAAGGACGGCAAGAAGAAGGGCUACGUGUUGCUUGCAGGCCGGAUUUUGCUUGUGUUGUUGUUCGUGACGUUCACGUUCACGAAAAACUGGCUGACCGUGAUUCUAACGAUCGCGGGAACGCUUUGCAUAGCCCUCGGGUACAAGACGAAGCUGGCGUCGAUCCUUUUGGGUCUCAUUUUAACUUUUUACAACAUGACGGUCAACAAUUACUGGUUUUACAAUAGCAACAAACGUGAUUUGCUUAAAUACGAAUUCUACCAGAACCUCAGCAUCAUCGGAGGGUUACUGCUUGUCGUGUCGACGGGCGCUGGCGAGUUGUCUUUCGACGAGAAAAAGAAGAUCUACUAA